UCCAUUUUCUUCUCUGGCUUUCAUUUUCUUCUCCAUUUCUCCCUUUUCUUCCUCUUUCCCUAUUCCCCCAGCUCGCAAUCGGGAGCCGGGGAGCUCUCGAUCCAUCGAGCCAACCACGACAUUAUGCCUUUCUCAAAAACCAAAUAAACUAAAUGAGUAAAUAGUUCAAUUUAGGAUCAAUCAGUUACAGAAAUGGAUUUAGCAGCGCAGCUGAAGCGGGGAAUAUCGAGGCAAUUCUCAACUGGAUCGUUGAGAAGAAGCGGGAAAUUCAGUUUUGGGCGGCAGAAUUCGAUGGAUCCCAGGCGGAAUAAUUUGCGCUUCAGUUUCGGACGCCAAUCUUCGCUUGAUCCGAUCAGGAGAAGUCCGACGAGCGAGGACGGCUUGUCUGUGCCGGAGAAUUUGGACUCCACAAUGCAGCUUUUGUUCUUGGCUUGUAAAGGAGAUGUCGAGGGCCUGCAGGAUUUGUUGGAUCAAGGGGUUGAUGUUAACAGUAUUGAUUUGGAUGGCAGGACUGCUCUGCAUAUUGCUGCUUGCGAAGGACAUGUGGAUGUUGUCAAGCUUUUGUUGAGUCGAAAGGCUAAUAUUGAUGCCCGUGAUCGAUGGGGCAGCACGGCUGCUGCAGAUGCCAAAUACUAUGGGAACAUUGAAGUUUACAAUGUUUUGAAGGCCCGUGGAGCCAAAGCUCCGAAAACCAGAAAGACACCAAUGACUGUUUCUAAUCCUCGGGAAGUUCCAGAGUAUGAGCUCAAUCCCAUGGAUAUUCAAAUCCGGAGAAGUGAUGGUAUCUCUAAGGGAUCAUAUCAAGUAGCAAAAUGGAAUGGCACAAAAGUUUCAGUUAAGAUACUUGACAAGGAUAGCCAUUCAGACCCUGAAAUAAUAAAUGCUUUCAGACAUGAGUUGACGUUGUUAGAAAAGGUUCGGCAUCCCAAUGUUGUUCAGUUUGUUGGGGCUGUCACACAAGAAAUACCCAUGAUGAUACUUCUAGAGUAUCACAAAGGUGAUUUAGGUUGCUAUCUUCAAAAAAAAGGGCGAUUAAGUCCAUCUAAAGCUUUGAGACUUGCUCUUGACAUUGCCAGGGGCAUGAAUUAUCUUCAUGAAUGUAAACCAGACCCGAUAAUUCAUUGCGAUUUAAAGCCAAAAAAUAUUUUGCUGGACUGUGGAGGUCUGUUGAAGGUUGCAGGUUUUGGAUUGAUCAGAUUGUCAAAUAUUUCACCUGACAAGGCAAAAUUGCUGCAGCCUGAGAUCAUUGACCGUGCAAGUUUGUAUACUGCGCCGGAGAUUUACAGGGAUGAAAUAUUUGAUAGAACGGUGGAUGUUUACUCCUAUGGUGUGAUGCUUUAUGAGAUGUUGGAGGGAGUGCCACCUUUUCAUCCUAAGCCUGCUGAAGAGGUGGCUAAAAUGAUGUGUUUAGAAGGAAAGAGACCAACUUUCAAGACAAAAAGAAAUUAUCCUUCAGAGCUAAGAGAGUUGAUUGAAAAAUGUUGGAGUCCAGAAUCUGUGAUGAGACCAACUUUCUCAGAGGUCAUUGCGUGCAUGGAUAGAAUUGUUGCCAACUGCUCAAAAAAUGGAUGGUGGAAGGACACGUUUAAGCUUCCUUGGAUUUAAGGAGCAUUUCAGUUCAAGCAAACCUGAGGAAAGCAGCAGCUUUAUUGCUUGCAAAUCCGAGUAUCUUCAGAGCAUAUCUUGGCUGGCGCUUGGCCGUAAAUGAUGGUAAAUUUUGGCAGCAACAGUUGGGUUAAAUAAGGUGAUAAUAUACUGGUACAUCUCAAGAGAUGAAAUACAGAGAAGUGAGUUGUAAACAUGGUUGUGGUGAAAAUGUAAUAAGGUUGUACCUAAUAAAGAAGAAGAGAAGAAAAUGUAAUAAGGUUUCUUUUUCUUCUUCUUCUUCUUCAUUUAACAAGAAACUGGAACAACAUCCGAGUCUAGUAUUAUUGUUCAGUAGUUCUUUCUGGUUGCCACUAAAUUGCUUUUUUGUAUCUUCAAACUGAAGGAGGAGCUGUAAAAUCAUGUAAUGUUGAACGAGUUGAACUUUGUUAA